AUUCUGAAUAUAACCUGUAAAGUUGCCAAUUGCCAGUCAUUUGAGAAUUCCAUGGUAUAAAUAUUUUUUGUGGUUUUUGGAAGAUGUCAAGAAAUAAAACUAUUCUUUUACGAGUACAAUCACCGGAAGGUACCAAACGUGUAGAAAUAGAUUUAACUGACACGACAUGUCAACUUUACGAAAAAGUUCACAAUCUCUUCAAUCUAAACUCCUUUGCAUUUGCCCUAUACAAGCAGAAAAGUCAGAAGGACGAAAUACCUAGUAGUAGGUCAAGAACACUUGUUGGAGCUGGCUUGAGACAUGGAGAUAUGAUCUUUUUAGCACCAACUGAUGGUGCAAGAUUAUUUUCUGAUGAACCAAUUGCUUCCUCUAGUAGAAAUAAUAAACCUUUUGGUGAACCAGCAUAUUCGUCUGAAGGAAGUACUACACAAAAUUCAAGCAAUUACUCCCCAAGAGUAGUUGCUAACACUUCUUCCAAAUCAAAUGUACAAGAAGAUGAAGUUGAUUUACAGUUAGCAAAAAUUGAAGGGACGAUAGAAAGAAAGAGGGAUGAUAAAUUGUGUCGUCAUAAUCUUAAUGCAAAAUGUGUUCACUGCUCUCCAUUGGAGGCUUAUGAUGAGGCUUAUUUGCGACAACAAAACAUCAAACACUUGUCCUUCCAUGCAUACCUUAGGAAACUAACAUCAGGAGUGGAUAGAGGGAAAUUUGUUGCUCUUGAAGACAUAUCCUGUCGAAUUAAGAACGGUUGCAAAGACCAUCCUCCAUGGCCCAAAGGUAUCUGCUCCAAAUGCCAACCGAAUGCUAUCACUUUAAACAGACAGCCCUACAGGCACGUAGACAAUAUUACUUUUGAAAAUACACAUUUAGUCGAACGAUUUUUGAAUUAUUGGCGUGCUACAGGACACCAAAGAAUUGGACUUUUAUAUGGUAAUUACGAAAUUUACAACGACGUGCCUUUAGGUAUCAGAGCGAAUGUUGCAGCUAUUUACGAACCUCCUCAAGAAGGAAGUCGUGAUUCUAUUCGUUUAUUAAAGGACGAUAAGGCAGAAAUAGUGGAUGGGAUAGCAGCCAAAUUGGGCUUGAAAAAAGUCGGAUGGGUUUUUACUGAUUUAAUACCCGAAGAUGUUCAAAAAGGCACUGUGAAAUACAUCAGGAGCGGCGCCUCACACUUCCUCACCGCUCAGGAGUGCAUAAUGGCAGGAUAUUUUCAAAACAUGCAUCCCAAUCCUUGUAAAUUCUCCUCCAGCGGUUAUUUCGGCUCGAAAUUCGUUACUGUUUGUAUAACAGGUGAUAAAGAUAACCAGGUACACAUGGAAGGAUAUCAGGUGUCUAAUCAAUGUAUGGCUUUGGUUCGAGACAACUGCAUCGUGCCCACUAAAGAUGUUCCUGAAUUGGCGUACGUCAAAGAGUCAUCGGACAAGCAGUACGUUCCUGACGUCUAUUACAAGGAAAAGGAUUCUUAUGGCAAUGAAGUGCCCCGCUUGGCAAGACCUUUGCCAAUAGAAUAUUUAUUAGUGGACGUUCCAACAUCAACGCCUUUGACUCCACAAUAUAGUUUUAGUAUUCCUGAUAAUACGAAGCAGCCCUUCCCUGUAGAAAAUCGUUUGGUUGAUGGUCAAAUCCAGGACUUCAGCGUUCUGUCUCACUAUCUAUCUCAAUUCACACCCAACGAUUUCCUCACAGCUAUAAGCGAUUUCCACGUGCUGGUGUACAUUGCAACGAUGGACAUGCUACCAAUGCGGGACUACAUGGAUCCUCUCCUGGAGGCAGUUAAAAACAAAGAUCCCAACGCAGUUAGAGAAUGGUCUAGGUCUGAACACUGGGCUACUGUUGAAGAACUCAUUGCUGCUAGCAAUACUACACCACCGAACUCUAGGCCUGGUAGUGUAGAUGGUGCAACUUCUCCGUCGUCUCGAGGUAGCCAAUGGACAUGUCCAUUCUGUACCUUUUUGAAUCCAUCUCAAGUAAACAACUGUGAAAUGUGUAAUUUACCAAGAAAUAUGCCUCAAUGAGAUUUUUGUAGAUAAAACUAGUUAUUGUGAUUAAGAGAAGAAGAGAAAGAAACUGCUGGAAUUUUAUAUUUAAAAAAAAUUUGAAUAAUAAAAUACUUAGUUGCUAGUGUUUAUGAGAACUUUAUACUAAAAAAUUUGUACACGUGCUCCUUUAGUAAAGACAGGCAUUAAACCAUUGUAUUUUUCUCACAUACACAAGUGUAGUUUUACAUUGACAGACAUCUACUAUUUUUUUUUCUGCAGUUGUUUAAAUCGAGGGGUAUUUAGUAUACAUACAUAAAUACAUUGCCUAAUUUCGUUUGUAAAAUUUGGAAGCUCGGCAAUCGUAUUAAAAUGGACUGCUGACACACCAACUGCCUUCUUGCGCUUUGUUUUUGAUUAUUGUUUAUUUCUUCUAACUUAUGUGUAUGGUGGUUUAACCAAAUAAAUAUUUUUAAAAAUCA